UCCUGUUACUGAUAAACUCUUAGACAUUCCUGCCUGCUUCUGCACUUCUAUCUUGGAGUACCUACUCAUUGCUGAAUUUUGGUCACAGGACCAUCAAGGCCUGCCACAUUCAUGGAUAUUCUUGAAUGAUAUCCAAAGUUUGUUCUGAGAUGUGAUGCAGUGUGACUGUGUGCCCUGUCUCUCAUAGAUUCAUCCUUCAGCCUGUGUUCAGUGAGCUACAUACAUACAGUAGUUUAUGAUUUUUUAUAUGUAUUAACAGUUUUGUACAGUAUAUGCAAUUUUCUUGAAUUGCUUCAGGUAAAUAUUCUAUGCCCAAUGGGGGGGCCGGCAGGUUCCAUCCGCCGCUUAUGUUGUACCUACUUCAAACAUAAAAUAGACCUUGCAAUGGUCAAUCUCUUAAGUCGUAUGUAUACUCGUGAUCUUAAUCUACACAGUGAAGAAUGAGUAAGUGGUAGGUAGUGAAAUUAAUUAACUCGAACUGAAUGAAUCAGCGUCAAACCCAGACUAAUGUAAUGAGAAAGAAUGUGCAAUAAAAUUACGGGAGAUAAGGUGAAAAAGCCAAAGAGUCACAAUGGAUAAAAAAGAAGAAACAAUCGAGGAAAUAUAGUAAUAAGGAGGGUCAAUAUAAAGUACCUAGAAGACACAAGAGGAAGGAGAGGAACACCACAACAAAGCUCAACCGAUUAAUAGACAAAGAAGUGAAAACUGAACUAUAUAAAUUUGUGAAAAAAGGGAAAAUUAAAGCUCAACCAAUAAACUACAAAAAGACACCCAAAGGGGGCUGCUACGAGAGGCCGUCCAGCAACCCUCGACCGGCAUCUGUCUCACCAGGAGGAAGCAACUGAAGAUAGCAAAUAGCCAUGGCCGCCUCGAUUCAGGAGCGGCUGAAACUAAAGCAGUACCAGGUGGACACGUGGACCACCAGGGAGCAGCUGUGCCUGGCGUCGGCUGUCAUGCGAAGUGGUGACCAGAACUGGGUUGCUGUCAGAAGGAACAUAAAGAUGCUCACCAAUGAGACGAGUCGACCGCCUGACUGGUACUCCACUAAGAACUGUGCCCUGCAGUAUGCCCGUCUGCUGGAGCGUGUUGACACUCCCAAGAGGAAGCGGGAGCGUGGUGACGGAGGCAAUGAGACCCCGGGUGAAAUAGUGACUAAGAUGUUGAGUAAACAGCGUGUAGAAGAGCUACGGGCCCUGGAGGCGGAGGAGAAAGCUUCUUACAUCCAACUAAGGAAGGAAAUUCAGCAGCUGGAGUCUGGGAAGCUAGAUAAUCAAUUGGAUGCCUUUUGGGAACAACUUGUUAAGGAGCAUGCGGAGGAGGAAGAAGAGGAGCAGCGGCAGCAGCAGUGGUUAAAGGAACGUGAGGAGAAGAUCACAGCCAUUCAGCAAGCACUGAAGCACCAGGGACCAAAAGUGCCUCAGCCGCCUCACAAGAAGAAACCCAAGUUGCAAGUGGGCGGGUGUGGCAGUGUGGCGGAGAGCAGACGCAGCAGUGGGCUCUCGGAGACAUCGUCGGAGGUGGACAGUGCAGUGGAGAGUCCAGACCAGAAUGAAGUCACCUCAGAGAGUCUAGUUAGUAACAAGAGUCAAGAUGAAAGUGGUGCUGGGGAGAGCGAGGCGAGACCCACCCCUACCUCUCCCCUGCUGUCUUCCCUCCUCAGCAAGUCCUCCCCCAUCACGGGUGUCCCCGGGGCAGCCUCUUCCCCACUAACCCAGCUGGGGAACAGGACCAUGAGGGCAAUAGGCAUUUCUCCAGUCUCUGAAGCCCUGCAGAACCUGGUGUCCUCAGCCAUAUCAGGCACCAACACAUCUGACAAGGACAAGUCAACCCCCACUGCCUCCAGUUCAGGCACAUCAACAUUGUCUCUCCUCCUAGACCUUCCUCCCAGCACUCCUGGCUGUCCACUGCCAAGACUAAAUGAUUUGCCAGGACCAUCAUAUGAAUCAAGGGAACAGGAGGAAAAAAAGUCUGAUCCUACUAGUAAAAGUGAAAAAAAGGAAGAGAGCUGCUCUGACAACAAGGGAUGUGCAGAACAAGUAAAGGUAGAAGAAAUAAAACCUGCUGAGCCCAUAAAGCCCACAGAGAGUACAGCCAUCACACCAGGAGAUGGGGAAAGUGCAGAGGCUACGUUAGAAGGUCAGAAGGACACUCACAUGGAGGAGAAAAGAAAAGAAGCGACAGUAACCUCUGGAGAAUCUAUAAAAGAAGAGGAGAAGGACUCAUCUGUAUCACAAACUGCCACUCAGAAACUAGAUGAGGCUAGUGAUUCUAAAAAGGAGCUCAAAACUUCCCACAAUGAGGAGAAGGAGAAGGAGCAAAAACAGGAGCAGGGAAGUGAAGGAAAAAUUGACCAAAAGGAGGAGGAAAAGCAGAAAAAGGAAGUAAGGGAGGAGCAGGAACAAGAUCAGUCGAAUAAAGAAGAGUCGUCAAGGAAACUGCAAGAGAAGGAGACUGAAGUAAAGGAGGAAAAAGACAGUAAAAAUGAGAGGCUAGAAGGCAAGAAAAUAAGAGAAUCAGGGAUAGAAGAAAACAAGAUAAAAACAGAAGAAAAAAGCAAAGAGACUGAUUGUAGUAGUGAGGAAAAAAGUGAGGAACACAAAACAGAAGUGACUUCAUCCAAAACAAGUGAAAAUGUUGCAAAAGUAGCAACAUCAUCAGCUGAAGUGGAGGAGAAAGAUCUCAACACCACCUGUACACCAGAAGAGGGAAAUAAGUGCACAGGUGAAGAAGCAGGCUGUGAGAAAAACCAGGAGAAAACAGUUAAAAAGGAAGAGAACAUAGAGAUGGGAGAAAAGGAAGAAGAGGAGGUGGAAGAAGAAGAGAAGGAAGAAGAGGAAAAUGAAGAAACAACAAGAGCAGAGGCAAAGGAGGAAAAGGAAAGGGAUAACAAGACAGAAAACAAAGAAGAGGAAGCGCAACCAAGUAAGAAGUCCACAGAUGAAGAAGAAGAAGAAGAACCACCUGCAAAAGUGAUAAAAACUGAAGAAAAUGCCUUAAACUCUGAAGGGGAAAAGAAGCCCAAGAAGAUUGUGAUAAAGAAGGAGCAGGAGGAAGAUCCUCUGGAGAGUCAGGAUAGCAAGGACUGGGUGAGUGAGGAAGAGGGAAGCACCUUCGGAAGCAGAAAAAGGAAGAUCUCUGGGGGCGAAAACAUCGGCUCCUCUUCUCCGCUGAUUUCAGAGUCAACCCCCAACUCCCCAGCAUCAACACAUUAUGGGGACGACUCUGAGAAUGAACGGGCAUACAAGUCGUGGAAGAAGCCCAUCAUGAUACUGUGGAACGACAUUGCUGCCCACAAAUUUGCCUCACUCUUCCUGCGGCCCAUCACCGAUGAUCAGGCUCCAGGUUACCACUCCAUUGUUUAUAGACCAAUGGAUCUGCAAAGAAUCAAGCGCAACAUUGAGAGCGGCGCGAUUCGUACAACUGCAGAGUUCCAGCGCGACAUCAUGCUCAUGUUCCUCAAUGCCACCAUGUACAACACCCGCGACCACAACGUUUACCACAUGGCCCACCACAUGAUGAAGGAUGCUGUCUCCACCAUCCAGGACUUCCUCACCACCCAGAUGUUAGUGCGAGCUGAGGAGACGCCCCAAAAAUCUCUUCGAAGAGAGACUCGAGAGUCUUCAGCAAAAAGGAGUGAUGAUGACUCUAAAAGGAAGAGAGACCCAUUGGAUGAGAAGAGUCUUAAAAAGAGAAGGACAAACUGAAAACAAAUGGUCAGGAUGUAUUUUUUUUAUUUAUUGUAUAGUCAUAAAAUUUCACUAGAAUGUUUCAUAUAUUUUCUGACUAAUUUCUUUGAUUUUCUAGGAGGAAAAGCUCCAGUCCUCUAUAUUUGGCAGUUCUUUACUGCCAGUCAGUGCCUGGCAUCCUCACCUGACAUGUCUGUGGCAGGAGCUGAAUGUGUACUUAAGAGAUGACUUGUGGCAUCUACUUUUGGUUGCCUGAGUGCCUGAGUUUCCAGCCAAUACAGACAGCUGGUGAUGUGUUCCUGAAUUAUACACAGGUCACGAGAGCCUUUUUAAGACAUAGCAUCAGAAAUAUAGCAAACUAAGAAACAAAAGUUUUUAUCUGCAAGUAGAACUUACCAUCUGAUUUUUUCUUUUAAAAUCUUCAUUUACAUAGAGUGGCUCAUAAAUCCUCUUUUCAUCUCAUCAUUUACCUCAAUGUCUCCUAACUAAUGAUGACACACACACACACACACACACACACACACAGAAAGGGAAGAUGUUUGAGAGAUAUUAAAAAUAUAUAGUUUCCCGCAGAGAUGUAUUGAGACGUGGAACAGUUUAGAUGAAAAAGUAGUGUCUGCAACGAGUGUGCACACUUUUAAAGUAAGAU